AUCAGCCGCCAGUUUUCGUGACCCGGACUAUAGUAAACGUCACGAUACAUAGAAUUCAACUGGAAACAUUUUUAAUAAUAUGAACAUUGUAUAUUUUAUACUAUAUUACUAUAAUAUAAUUUAUAUGUAUCAGGUACUCAGAACAUAACAUCACGGGUUUAGUUAUGUAGGUGUAUAUCAUAUUAUUUAUUGUAUACCAUCCGGCCAGCCGCUUGUUUGCGUGAUGGACGUGAUGCAAAAGCCCGAACGUUUCAUUCUGACUCCGUUCCAAAAGUUUUGCAUCAGAUGGAGCGUGUUUUUCGACUCUUCUUCGGACCGUCUAUCCAGAAUCGAAACGGUGCUCAGGACCAUUCAGUUUUCAACGAUCAUGAUCACGUCAGGGAUGACCAUGACUUCGGUGUUGAUCGCCGACAACAAAAAAGCACUAGAGUCGUUCACGUACUUCGUAAUAUGCGUGUUCAUGUUGGCCAUCAUCACGUUCGCCAUCCGGACGAAACGUUUCAACCGGGCCAUGCUGCUGAUGGUCGUUGACGAAUUUCCCGGCUACAACAGGCCCAUGCCGGAUGUACUGAAGCGCAAGAUGGCGGCAAUACGCACGUCCUACGGCGACUUCACGAUGAAGGUGAUCGUCUCGUAUCUCACACUGGUCUUGUUCGAGAUACCGGCCACGGCGAUGGUGCCGCUGGCAGCCGCCAGUCUCACCGACGUCAAGUUGGGUUCACAAAGCACGCAGAUGGUAGUCCUGUGGUUCCCGGCCGAUACAAGUCAGGUCGGGAUGUAUGCGGUCUCGUAUGUGAUACAGUUCUUAAUCGUCGUGACCGUAAAGUUCAUCAUUACCGGCAUCAUGUGUUCGUUUUCAUUCUUCGUCAGCCAAAUGAUAUCCGAGUUUCAGAUACUGUCCGCCUACGUCGAGCACGCGGUCGAAAUUGUCGAGUACGAUCAGUCUGCGGACAAGACCACCGAACAGAAGCUGUUGGACCACGUGAAGAACUGCGUGAUGCUUCAUGAUCGGCUGAUUUACUUCAAGGACCAACUUAACGAGAGUUACGGAUACAUUAUACUGCUGGAGCUUAUGUUCAGUACGCUUUACUUCUGUCUGUCGGCGUUCAACAUGAUAUUCGUGGGCAACCGGUUCGUAAUGGUCAAAGGUCUGCUGACGCUUUCCAACUACCUGGCCGAGCUGUUCAUAUUUUGCAUGUACGGCAGCAUGGUCGAGGACGCGCACAUGGGCUUGCUGAGGGCUUCAUACUCGGUGGCGUGGUACGCACAGCCCGUGCGCUUCCGCCAGUCGCUGACGAUGGUCAUGUCCAGGACGCAGACGCCGUUACAGUUAACUGUCGGCAAGGUGUUCAUAGCCAACCUGCCACUGUUCCUGUCCGUACUCAAGGUCUCAUAUUCGGGCGUCAAUGCGCUCAGGGCGGCAAACGCCAAGUAGAGUCGUUGGUUAUACUAUAUUAUAUUAUGAAGGAUUACAAUAUCGUCUCCCCCCCCCCCCCAAUCCACACACACACAUGAUUUUCGAUAAAAAUCAAUUUUUAAAUUGUAUUUUCUUUUUUACAUACACUAUAUUAUUUUACAUUUUAGGAUAGUGUUCAUUAGAUUCAAUAAUCUUAUUUUAUUAUUUCCAUCUAGUACGCAUUGUAGACAGCUGGUGUUUUCGCUAAGGAAAUAUACAGUGUUUAAAUCAUUAUUUACGGUACAAGAUCGCAUUAAAUGGGAACGGCACACCCACAUCACGCUCAACAAAAUUAAAAAUAUACUAUAGUGUAUCAAUAACUAUUUUUUUUAGAGGAUCGGUAUAAAAUGACGAUGAACAUCAAAUAUUUGACAACGACUAAAAAUACGAACGAUUUGCAAGAAAAAAAAAUAAUUAGCGAGGAAAGAGUUUACAUAUUAAAUCAUUUUUGUAUUUUUUCAAAAAAUCGUUGGCUUUCUCAUUUUUUAAAAAUUUAAUUUUCGAUAAUAUUAUUAACUUAGUGUUAUACAGCAUGCGGGUAUUAUUUCCAGUAAGAACUAUUUGGUUUCGAUUUUAUUUUACUUGGAUAUUCGUCAAGGGUACAUAAUAUUUUGUUAAAUAUUAUAUUAAAUACACCUGUAACCAGAUGUGGAUGACAUCGAUGUAUGUUAUUAUACAUAAUAUUGUGUUACUGCACUAUAGUGAAUAUUAUAUUGUAUUUACGUGUGGGAUGAAACGAACAAAAUUAUUGAGAAUUGCAAUUCUUUUUUGUCAAUAGUAUUAAUAUAUAUUUUUACACAUAUUGUGCAAUAUACAUGAUACCUACUUGUAACAUUAUACUACAUAGUAUACAUAUAUACUUUUACUUAAACUUCACAUAACAUUUUGAAAAUAAAAUAUAUCCAAUGAAAUUCAAUAACACGGGUUAGGUGUGUAAUAUUUGUAUAAUGAUAAUCAGCGGUGAACAUCAGAGCAAUAUGGUUGUAUAUAGGUCCAUGUUAUGAGUUUUAUGGAGUUCAACAUAAAAUUUAAAUAAAAUAUUACAAAAAUAUAAUAUUCUA